GAUAAUUUAUUCUUUAAAGUAUUUCGUAAUAUAGUACUUUAUACAGAAAUUCAAAGAUUUAAAAUUAAUAAAAAAGUUCUCUUUAAAUCAAAAACAGAAUUGGUUUGUUAUGAUCAAAGAGAAUAUAUUUCCGCUAUAGAUAUUGAUUUUGAUGAAGAUAUCGAGCAAGGAUUAAUUUCAGAUAAUGUAGUAGAAGUUAAUUUCAAAGGAUACUAUAACAAACCAUUAAAUCAAGCAAUUCCAAGUAGUGUUUCAAAGAUAUCAUUCUAUAGAUGGUUCAACCAACCAAUUUUAGGUGGUCAACUUUCAAACAUAACAGAGCUAAUUUUUGACUACAACUGUCCUUUUAACUUUCCACUUUCUGGUGUACUUCCUUCGACUAUUAAAAGACUUAGUUUGCCUCGUUAUUUUAACCAAGUUCUCUCUGUGGGUGACCUUCCAUCCUCAUUAACCGAUCUUACUUUCCAAGGUCCGUUUAGUCAAAACCCUGAAGUAAUCCCAAAGAAUCUAACCAUAUUAGCUUUCAAUGGUGAAGUCCAAAACCCUCUUGUACGUGCUCAUUUUCCAGAUAGUUUAACCCAUUUAAUAUUUGGCACAAAAUGUUCAUUUAACCACCCAAUUACCGGUAUAAUUCCAUCUUUCGUCGAAAAACUUGCAUUUGGUUAUGGCUUUAACCAAAGACUCAAUAUUGGUGAUAUACCAGAUAGUGUUGUUGAACUCUCAUUUCACACUCUCUUUAACCAACCUUUAGUUGGACUACCACAAAUCAAAAAGCUGGUUAUUUUUGGUCAAUUUAAUCAACCUAUUUUACCUAAACAACUCCCAGAAAGCUUAACUGAGCUCUCGUUCUUUAACUGUUCAUUCGAUCAACCAGUUACAGGAAUAUUACCAUCAUCACUCACUAAACUAUCAUUUGGUCAAGGUUUUAAACAAAUACUCAAACCAGGUGACAUUCCUUCAUCUGUUAAAAUUUUAGAUGGUUUAAACCAAAUUAUCGAACCAUUUUCACUUCCAGACUCAAUAGAAACACUUAGCUUUGGUCACCAUUUCAACCAUGAACUCAUUGAAAAUACAAUUCCAAAAUCAGUUACAUCACUAACACUUUCAAACUGCUUUAACCAUGAAAUUUUACCUGGACAACUACAUGAAGGUAUUAAGGAACUUAAUUUCAAUUCCUCAGAAUUCGAUCACCCUUUACCACCAUCAGUUCUUCCAUCAACCCUCACCUCAUUAAAACUAGGUUUUCUAUUUAAACAAAAACUCGAGCAUAACUCCAUUCCCCCAUCAGUAACAGAGCUUUGUUUAGGAGGUCUUUUUAAUCACUCUGUAUCCCACGGAAUCAUUCCAAAUAGUAUCAAAAAAUUAGAAUUCAGUCACUCUUUUAAUCAAGACUUACAACCUGGUGACUUACAUUCAGUCCAGUCAUUACAAUUUGGUUAUUGCUUUAACAGAUCUCUUAAAGAUGUUAUUCCUUCAUCAUGCACUCAUUUAGGUCUUCAUUAUAGUUUUAAUCAAAAAAUAACUGAAGAUUUAUUACCAAAUUCUGUC